AUGACGAAGAAAAAGAUCAGACAACUCGAGCAGAAGCGAACAAACAUUCUCGCCUCACUGAAUCGAUGCGAGGAUUACUCAGAACGCUGCAACAGUGAAGAAGACCGGCAUGAAAUCAACCUUCGCCUCAAUAGCAUGGACAAACUUUGGAAUGCGCCAUCACAGCAACUUCCUGCCGACCGUGCUCAGCAAUCGAACUCAUCGUAUGCUCCUGGAGUCAAGCUUCCAACCAUCACCCUACCGGAAUUCGACGGAGAUUAUAAUCAAUGGUUGACGUUUCACGACACCUUUAUGGCGUUGAUCCAUUCAUCGAAUGAAAUUUCAACCGUACAGAAGUUUCACUAUCUCCGGGCAGCACUUAGAGGUGAAGCCGCCCAACUCAUCGAGUCCCUUACUAUUAGUUGCAUGAACUAUCCAGUGGCUUGGCAAAUUUUGGUUGACCGUUACUCAAACAGCUACCUUCUCAAGAAACGGCACAUGCAUACCAUGUUGGAUCAUCCGAAAAUCAAGCGAGAAUCAGCUAGCGCCCUACAUGGAUUGAUCGACACAUUCGAACGACAUAGCAAAAUUUUAAAACAGCUACAAGAGCCUGUGGAUAGUUGGAGCACGAUUAUGGUGCAUUUGCUUUGUUCACGUCUAGAUGAUGCCACAUUAAAAUUAUGGGAAGAUCAUGCAUCGACUCUUGUGGAUCCAAAUUAUGGUGCGCUUAUCGAGUUUUUGCAACGAAGGACACGGGUAUUCGAAUCGCUUCAGGUCAACAUUGCACACUCAUCGCAAACCCCAAUACCGGCGCAACCAUUCAAGCGACUUGGCCCAGCAAAGGUGUAUGCGCAUGCAGCUGCAGAAGAACGCGUAUUUAAAUGUGUAGCUUGCUCGCAUAAUCAUCGGCUAGUUGAAUGUCAGGAUUUUCCUAAGAUGCCACACGAGAAGCAGUUGGAUCUGGUGAACUCAAAUCGCUUGUGCAGCAACUGCUUUAGGUCCGAUCAUUUUGUGAAAAACUGUCCAUCAAAAUUCCGAUGUCGUACCUGCAAAGGAAAGCAUCCUUCAAUUAUCCAUCCAGGUUUUCCUAGCUCGAAGGAUACAACGAAAGCAGUCACGUUAGCUGCAUCGGCAUCACGGGAAGCUGAGCUCGAUCGUAAAGCCGCCGGCCAGAACGCAUCGACCUCAACACUUGUAAAUACUGCAGCGAUUGGAUUGAACACCUUUUUGAUGACGGCGGUUGUAAAGGUGGUUGAUCGACACGGUAAUGAACUGUUGGCGCGAGCCAUGCUGGAUUGUGGUUCAAUGUCGAACAUUAUGACAGAAAGGCUCUCUCAGAUGCUGCGUUUGAAGGGACGGAAAAUGGACAUCAAUGUGCAUGGUGUUGGCACGGGCGUUAUCAAAUGCACCCAAAUGGUUACAACAGAGGCACGAUCCAGACUCUCGGACUAUGCGGUGACAAUGGAAUUCUUAGUGCUCAACAAGGUGACAUCGAAACAGCCGCUCAACAACAUCGAUACGAAUGCUUGGAACAUCCCGGAUAACGUGUCAUUGGCGGACCCGAAAUUUAACGUGUGUGGGGAGGUGGAUAUUAUACUCGGAAUACAGCACUUCUUUUCCUUCUUUCGGCCAAACCGACAGAUUAAUUUGGGACAUAAUUUGCCACUAGUGGUGGAAACUGUUUUUGGAUGGGUUAUUGCUGGAGCCUCUUCCCUUCAACCACAUUCUCGAAUCACUGUUACGAACUGUGCUAGCAUCGAAUCGCUGAACCGCUUGGUGGAAAGAUUUUGGGAGGUGGAGAAAAUGGCCGAUAGAAAACCCCUGUCCAUCGAAGAGGAGGAUUGCGAAACACUUUACCACAAUACGACAACCAGAAACGAGCAGGGGCGGUAUAUCGUUCGUUUGCCGACGAAACCGGAGAUUGGUCAAAUGUUAGGAGAGUCAAAAUCAGCUGCAUUGCAUCGAUUCAAUUUGCUCGAAAGGCGAUUUGAAAAGAAUGAGGAUUUAAAAACCGCGUACCAUAGUUUCAUGAGGGAAUAUCUACAACUACAUCACAUGGAACCAGUCCCGGAUGGAGAGCAGCAGACGAGGAGGAGUUUUUACUUGCCGCAUCACCCAGUGCUGAAGGCAUCCAGUUCAACAACAAAAUUAAGGGUGGUUUUCGACGGAUCAGCUAAAACGUCGUCUGGCAAUUCAUUAAACGACUCGCUUUUAGUUGGGCCGGUGUUGCAGGACGAGCUGCUGCAAAUAGUCAUUCGCUUUCGAAAAUACGCUGUUGCAUUGGUAGGCGACAUUGAAAAAAUGUAUCGUCAGGUAAUGGUACACCCUGACGACAGACCCUUACAGAAAAUUCUGUGGAGAUUUGACCCUUCGGAGCCAAUUCAAACCUACCAGCUUUGCACCAUUACCUAUGGACUAGGACCAUCUUCAUAUUUGGCUACAAAAACGCUAAUAAAACUGGCAGAGGAUGAAGGGCAGCAUUAUCCCAAAGCAGCGCCGCUGGUUUCGAAAGGAUACUACAUCGAUGACUUCAUUGGAGGCGAUGACACGGUGGAAGGAGCGAUAGAAUUGCGGAAGGAAAUGAGCGAGUUAAUGGCAGGUGGCGGUUUUUCACUGCGUAAAUGGACGUCCAAUAAGCUAGAAGUACUUCAAGGAUUACCCUCGGAUCAAAUUGGGAUCCAGUCUUCUGUUAAGUUCAAUCCAGAUGAAACGAUUAAAACAUUGGGCAUCAUAUGGGAGCCUGAGUCAGAUUGUCUAAGGUUCAAUCUCAGCAUUAAGGAAAGGGAUGGUAUACUCACCAAGCGUAAAAUUCAGUCAUGCAUCGCUCAGCUAUACGAUCCAUUGGGAUUAAUCUCACCAGUUGUAAUAACAGCAAAAAUAAUUAUGCAGCGUUUGUGGCUUAUUCCCAUCGGCUGGGACGACGAAGUUCCUAAGGAUCUACAGGAACUAUGGGAAGACUUUCGACCUCAAAUAGAGCAACUAUCGUACUUCAAGGUGGAUCGAUUUGUUUUUCUCCCGGAUGCAAUAUCUACACAGCUUCAUUGCUUCGCGGACGCCUCCAAGGUUGCUUAUGGCUGCUGCCUUUACGCCCGCACAGUGGACAGGAACGGAACGGUUAAAGUACAAUUAAUAUCAUCAAAAUCCCGGGUUGCUCCGCUGAAGCGACUCAGCAUCCCAAGAUUAGAGCUUUGCGCCGCCCAGUUAUCCGCUCGUUUAUACAACAAGGUCAUCCAAGCACUCGGAAUGGAAUUCAACUCGGUUCACUUUUGGUCGGACUCAACGGUUGUGCUAAAUUGGUUACGAGCUCCACCCUACCACUGGAAAACAUUCGUCGCCAAUAGGGUCAGCGAAAUCCAAACAACAACACGCAAUGCCACAUGGAGACACGUUCCUGGCUUACAAAAUCCUGCGGAUCUUGUCUCGAGAGGAAUGCACGUCAACGCAUUUUUGGAAAGCAAGCUAUGGAGUAUCGGUUCGGAAUGGUUGAGCAAGUCGGAGGAGAACUGGCCACGUGAAAGCCCAUUAGAGCCUGUACCAGAAGAGCUGAUGGAGAGGGAAACGGUGGCGGCCGGAGCAACAUGCUCUGAAAAAUACAACGAAAUAUUCACUCGAUAUUCGCACUUCAACAAGAUGUUACGCGUAGUUGCAUGGAUUUCUCGCUUCCGACGCAAUUGCCAAUCGCGUCAUCUCGGUCAACCUUCAUGCCUGAACGCUACUUUGACGGUGGAGGAGCUGGAACGAUCAAAAGGUCUACUCCUGCGGUUAGUUCAGUCGGAGUCAUACUUACAGGAAAUCAAGGAUCUUCACACUGGAAAACUCGUUUCGCCAAGAUCCACUGUACGCGCUUUAAACCCAUUCCAAGACGAGCAAGGACUACUCCGAGUAGGUGGUCGGCUGCAGCAUUCUAAUGAGCCAUAUGAAAGCAAACAUCCAAUAUUAAUACCCGGAAAUCAUCCCUACACUAAACUACUGGCUCGACACUAUCAUCACAAACUUCUUCACGGGGGACCGCGACUAAUGCUAGCAGUUAUUCGGGAACAAUACUGGCCAGUAAACGGAAAACGACUGCUGCAUGGAAUCAUCAGAAGUUGCUACAACUGCACGCGAACCAAUCCUGUACCAGUUAAACAGCCUAUGGGCCAGCUUCCCUACGCACGAGUAACACCAAGCAGAGCCUUUAGCAAUACUGGAGUUGAUUACUGUGGACCUGUGUACCUGCGAGCCCCUCAUAGGAAAGCAGCACCCACAAAGGCAUACAUUUGUGUUUUUGUGUGCUUCAGUACUAAAGCCACACAUCUCGAGCUUGUGGGAGACCUUUCGACAGCAGCAUUUAUGUCGGCACUACGAAGAUUCAUCGCACGUCGGGGAAAACCAUCGCACAUACAUUCCGACAAUGGGAGGAAUUUUAUCGGCGCACGGAAUGAGCUGCAUGAGAUCUACAGGCGUCUACAAAACCAAUCGGAGCUGAAUCACAUUACUAACACCUGCGCGACGGAAGGCAUCCGUUGGCAUUUGAUUCCUCCGAAAGCACCCAAUUUCGGUGGACUUUGGGAGUCGGCGGUGAAGAUUGCGAAGCGUCAUCUACAACGGCAGCUACGGAAUUCCUUGCUAAAUUUCGAGGAAAUGGUGACGGUAUUAGCACAAAUCGAGGCAUGCAUGAACUCGAGGCCUCUGGCACCUUUGGCGGAAGACACAAGUGACCUUUCUGCACUAACACCAGCCCAUUUUUUAAUCGGUUGCUCCCUUCACUCAAUACCGGACCCCAAUUUGCGGGACAUUCCACUCAACCGGCUGGACAGGUUUCAGCGACUGCAAGAGAAAGCACAACAAUUUUGGCACCAAUGGAGGAGCGAUUAUUUGAAGGAGUUGCAGCGAGAUUCAAAGCCUUUUCGAAGAUUAAGCACACCACUAAAGCCCGGCACUAUGGUUAUUCUUCGGGAUGAUUCACUGCACCCAACAAGAUGGCCUCUAGCACGAAUAAUCGAAGCAAACCCUGGAGAGGAUGGCGUCGUGCGCGUCGUUGUUCUUCGAACGUGUAGCGGAGUUGUCAAACGUCCAGCUUCACAAAUAUGUCUCCUACCUGCGGAUGAUCAGCAAUUGUGCCAACAACCUAUGAUAGCGACUAUCGACAGAGCGUUGGAGAAUGCGGACAAUGAGGUGGAUAAACCAACGGGAUUUGCUGAAUAA